UAAAUGUCCUCAUAAUCUCAACCCAUCUCAACCGAGAUAAUGGUUACUAUCUGUCAAAUAUUAAGAAACCCCCACUAGAUGCAAUUCCUCCCACUCCGCCCAGAGCCGUCCAAUCAACUUCAACCACGACGGUUCCGCCAUCACAUCUCUAUGAAAAGGUCACAACUACAUUCUUUGCUGCCAGAAGAGCUUCGCUUCUGGUUUGGUUGACAUCCUGAGUUAUCGUGCUGUUUUGCCUUCUUCCUAAUCUUUCUAACCUUGCUUCUGAAGAUGCCACUUACGAAAGUAUGCGAAACGUCGAGCCUUAGGCUUACUUAACUGACACGGUUCCAACCCGGAAGACGAUCAGAUAUUGACUCCGGCCGUGAAAGCCUCCGAAAUCAGCAUAUUUAAAAGUUAGUUGGCAGGUAUUGGGAGUGCCAACGUCAGAAUUUACAUUUCUGACACAUUCGCUUCAAUCACUCAAAAUUUUUGUAAUGAAUCUUGAUUUUCAUGAAUUAGCCCUAAUUUUUUGUCGUGAUGUCCAAGUCCACAUCUAUUCUUCACCAAAUUUUUUAAUGGAAUCUGUUAUAAACAUGUUAAUGUUUGUUUUUCAUUACUUGCUGAUAAACGAAGUUAAUAUCUUAAUUGAAACAAUAAACGCCCCUCUACUCAGACCACAGAUAAGCCAGGUUUCCGAAGAUAUUAAACAUCAAGACUCUAAUUAUCAAGGUGUAAUAUGUAGUCAUCCUGAUUUAGGUGUCGACGUUGUUUUCAAACAAAGUAGUUUAUUCCAAGGCCGUUGGGACACUGCUCGUAAAAUUAAUAAAAUAUUGUCAACAACACUAAGUGGAUACAUGAGAAGAAACAUGCAAAAGAAGAAAUCAGAUUUAGGGAUCGGAUCGAACAGCGAUCAACAAAUGCAAGCCGGUCCGAUUACACAAACUUUAUGCGAGUUAUCAAUGCAACAGCCCAACCUCAAAGACGAAGAUCUUUACGCAGAUUUAUACAGAAUUGAAAGAACGGAAGUAGUGCGCUUACAUUAAAUGAAUAAGGGAUUAAAUAAGAAACAAACACUACAUACGUGGAAUAAAUAUCACUUAUUUAUGAAAAUUAAUUUCGUUAACAAAAGUAGAAGGUUAAAAGACA